CUUUGUGCGAGCCAUUUUAAGAGUGGAAGUUUGUAAUGGUUGGUUGAGUUGGUUUUUUAACUGGCGAACAUCAGGCUGUGUGGCCUAUUCUCGCCAGGAUCUUGACAGGAGGUUCUCUUAUUCUUUGCUGCUCCGGUUCAGCAGACCUGUUUGUAAUUAAAAGCUGGUGGAAGAUGUUGAACUUAUAUAUGGUGAGUGGAUGCUUAAAGCCUUGGCUCUUUCACGCUAUUGGUCAGACUAGAAAGGGAGGGAUGGGUAGAGCAACACAAAAGCUCUCAGUACAUAUGAGGUGGGGUAGAGUCCGUAGGGCAAAGCCGGUGGUAGCCAAUGAGAGUUAAGCUAGCGGGGUUAUAAGACGGAAACUGGAUGAAACAUUGUUCAUUCAGUAUUUUCCAAAACACCCUGAAACACUUAAAAUGACUGGUCGAGGUAAAGGAGGCAAAGGACUCGGUAAAGGAGGCGCGAAACGCCAUCGCAAAGUUCUACGUGACAACAUUCAAGGUAUCACCAAGCCGGCCAUUCGUCGUCUUGCCCGCCGAGGCGGUGUCAAGCGUAUUUCUGGUCUCAUCUACGAAGAGACCCGUGGUGUUUUGAAGGUGUUCCUUGAGAACGUCAUUCGUGACGCUGUUACGUACACCGAACACGCCAAGAGGAAGACCGUGACUGCCAUGGAUGUCGUAUACGCCUUGAAACGCCAGGGUCGCACUCUGUAUGGUUUCGGCGGUUAGGUUUCACAGGCUUCCACUGCUUCUGAACUCAUCGGCCCUUUUCAGGGCCACCACUUAUUAAAGAAGAAAGUAUGUCCCCUGCUUUUUAAAUGUUGGCGGAAAAGAUGAAAUAAAAUAUAUGCAAGAGAAAUUGUCUUUCUCUUCCAUCGAAAUUAGUCGAAAGCCACAUUUCUAAUGUACUGUAGCAAUCAAGUACAAUUUUCAAUUUCAAUAUUAAUGCGCAUGCUACUAUUUUAUGAGCUCAAACAUAGCAGACGCUACUAAAAAAGUAAACAUUUCUAAAAGCGGUUUACAAUUUCUUAAGACAGGAACCCAAAAUAACUACAUUCAUAGUCAAUGCUACUCUGGCUUUAUGAUAACCAUGCCAAAAAUUAAGUUUCCUUUAAAGUGGGAUAAAUAAUGGCCACCAGUAAAUGUUUCUCAUAACAGAUUUUGCAUGACACUCGUUUGGAUACCACCUAGGUCUCAAGAAGGCUUAAGAGUACAAGUGAAAGAACGUUUAAGCAGGGUUUGAGGAAUAUUAGGCAAUGCAGAGUUUCAAAUUAUAGUCGAUUAUCUAACAUUCUUUAUUUUAUGUUUGUUCUUUUGACAACACUGGUUGUUUGCAAUUUUUUUUCCUCUGAAUUAUCUUACCCUUCCUCCUUUCUUUAAUUUUCUUGAAAAUCGUAGCCCUUGAAUCUCGUUGCAUUGGGUAGUCAUUAAGCAGAAGAUUCCCUUAGGAAGGCAACGCAAAAAUGUGUUCUCCCCCAAACCACGUCAUUUGUUUUCCACGACAGCUUAUUCCGUUUCUUACCCUGCCAGCGAUGAAAAUUCUUCCAAUUGAGUGCUACAUGUGCUACAUUUUGUCGAAUAUUUUUUGCCAAUGGAUAAUUAACUUGAGACCCUAUCCUUUUCAGUGUGGUCAAGGCCCACAGUACAUACACUUAAGCUAGGUAAGUAUUGAUAAGUGUCAGAGUGAAAUUAUUUUUCUUCCUUAUAUU